AUGGAUAACUUCUUGCCCUUUUCCUCUUCUAACGCAAACUCUGUCCAAGAACUCUCCAUGGAUCUUAACAACAAUCGCUCGCACUUCUCAACAACGGCGCAGCCUCCCCACUUGUUGCCGCCUUACUCGUACGUUGCAUGCCCGGUACUUGAUCAGACGGGGGGCAUGAAUCAUCAGCCUCUUCACUCAUCGGAUGCUUAUCCUCAGAUUCCGGUUGUGCAAACCGGAAGUGAAUUCGGCUCUUUGGUUUGUAAGCCUGGUGUGAGACAAGAAAGAGGUGGAUUUCUUGAUCCACACUCGACUAAGAUGGCUAGGAUCAACAGGAAGAAGGCGAUGAUAAGAUCAAGAAACAACUCUAGCCCUAAUUCUAGUUCAAAUGAGUUGGUUGAUUCAAGGAGACAAGUGGCUCUUACCAUGAAAAAUAAUGCCGAGAUUGCCGCUCGAAAAGAUCUCUAUCGAUUCUCCUCAUUCGAUAACAAGAAACUUAGGGUUUUGUUGGUGAAGCACUUGAAGAACAGCGAUGUUGGGUCCCUUGGGAGGAUCGUUCUACCAAAGAGAGAAGCAGAAGGAAAUCUUCCAGAGCUAUCUGAUAAAGAAGGAAUGGUAUUAGAGAUGAGAAAUGUUGACUCUGUGCAGUCUUGGUCUUUCAAGUACAAGUACUGGUCCAAUAACAAGAGCAGAAUGUAUGUCCUCGAAAACACAGGAGAAUUUGUGAAGAAAAAUGGAGUGUUGAUGGGAGAUUAUCUAACAAUCUACGAAGACGAAAGCAAGAAUCUCUACUUCUCCAUCAGAAAGCACCCACACAAACAAAAUAAUGGAAGAGAGGUUGAGUCGAUGGAAGUCAAUGACAAGAACUUCUAUCAAGAUAUGAUGUUUGAUUACAUACCAAAUGAUGAAGACGAAUCCAUUGCAAUGCUCAUCGGAAAUCUAAGCGAGCACUAUCCCAACCCAAGCGAUCUUAUGGAUCUCACUGUCGAUCUGGAUCAGCAUCAGCAAGCCACCUCAUCGUCGCCACCUGCUGAUCACAUGAGCUCGAACGAUUUCAUAUGGUGA